GGCCAUCCGUAUACCUGUUUUCCCACCCAGCGCUCUCAACCUUGCUGAGGUGGCUCCAUUAUGCUGUCCAGACGGAUUUUGACGGCAAAAUUGCCGGUGCAGGCUUGUGCCAGACUACCUUCGGUUGCCCGCCCUGCCUUCACGCAAGUUCGAUAUGCCUCCCAGGCUGAGAUUGAAGAUCCCGGAAUGAAUGGGGGUUAUCCCAAUCCUCCUGCUCAGAGACGCCAAUUCCGCGAUCCUUACGGCGGUUGGUGGGAUCCACAGGAUAGAAGGAACUUCGGAGAGCCGGUUCACGAAGAUAACGAUAUCCUUGGCACAUUCACUACCGAGUCAUAUACCCAUUUCAAAGCUCCAAAGGCAUUCUUCUUGAUGGGCUGCGCUAUCACCACUGUUUUCGCUUUCAGCGGCCUUGUCAGCCUUUUCUACCCUGACAAGCCCAGCGUUCCCCGUACGUUUGAGGACGGCCUUGAGAAGGAGUUAGGGGGUGCAAAUGCAGUUAGGGCCCGAAAACCUGGCGAAGACUCAUGGUAGAGUUGUCUUAACUUGAUCUUGUACAGAGAGCUGGUAGUUUCUUGAUUGCGGCGUCAAUUCAUCUUGAUAAAAAUCUCUUCCUGAAUAUGACGCAAAAUUCCUCUGAU